ACAAAUUGUCAAUUGUUCCGGAAAUGUUUCUCGCCGCAUCAUGCUUUUCAUCGUUCGGCGUAUUCCAGGUAUAGCGACAAUGAAUAAUAAUAAUUCGAAGCAUCAUCGCAUCUGAACGUCCAUCCACUGCCGACUGGCGGGUAUCUUGGUUAUUCUUCAAACGCACUGGAUUCACGCACUCUUCCAACGCUGGCUGUGGCCAGGGCAAAUCGCUUCAGCCAUCCAUCUCUUGCUUCAAACCUGGUCGAUUGAGGAGACCAGAGGGAUUCUACUUCGUCCUAGGCAUACGGGACUGCUGAACACCAUGGCGAGCAUAUUCACUUUGCCGUCCGGCAUCUUGCUGAUGGUCUUCGGUCACCUUGCAAAUCUGGCACAAGCAAGCAACGUCACCGGCACUACAACCAGCACAUUCACCUCAGUGACAACAAAACCUUCACGCGUCGUCUGUGCCACCAUAUCCUUUUCCAGCAACACUACGUUGCCCAUAGCACCGACCGGAACCGGAUCAGAGUACGCCUCAUCGUGCUCGUCACUAUCCACCUCUUAUGCCUCCGUGACGAGCUCAGUCCUUUCAAAAUACGCUUUCACGGACACGACCACCUAUACAUUGGGUGGCACCUUGGUCUCGGCGAUCACCAGCUACCUCAAUGCUUCCACUCUGUGUGACGGCUACCCGCGGGUGAAUUAUUCACCUGCCAUCCCGAUAUCCACUCGAACCACCACGGUUAUACAGCGACCAACACAGACGGCUACAUAUACCGAGAAUGGAUCUUGCUUUUACCGCCCUGCUGGACCCGUAUGUUCCAUCAAGCCGGAUGAUUGCGAUGGAUUAUGGUCAGCAUACAGCACUUCCAUCGGCAAUAUGCCUCCCUAUCCCACACUCAUGCCGCAGAGGCCGCCUUGCAUCAAUUCAAGUCAAUCAGCAUUGGGCGCGGCCAUCUCGUCUGAGAUAUACGGAUGCGGACCAUGCACCAUGUACGGUCAAGGCGUGCAGCUCAUCUACUUCCCUCCACCCGCCACGGCCACGCGGGACAUGUGCGCCAGCACACCUUCGGCAUCAUUGACCCAUUAUGGCCCCGGCGCGGUCAUUACUGCGUACACUGGGACCGAUUAUCACAACGAUAGCCCGAACACAGGUCAGGUGACGGCGGUAGUCGACGGGCAUACAUUCACUUCUGGCACUGCAUAUAUCUCCAUUGCCACCGUUUACGCGAAGAAGCGAUGCACGACAGAUCCCGGCUUUUCAGUAUACGACGCCGUCCUGGCCAUGCCUUCUCAGUCCGUCUUGAGCUUGCGAUACUCCCAGGAUCAUUUCCAGCAUUUCAUGCAGACUGACCAGCAAACCGGGUAUCCAUUGUCUUAUGCCGACUUUGCCACCCCGAUCCCGUGGUCGGCUUGGAACGGACAAUCGCGAUGCCAAGGCGCCGGGGAUUUUUUCCGAUGCGGCGUCAUCUACGAGAAUGAGUUCCGGCCACAACUGGCUAUUCCACCAGGAAUUCGCGAUCUGCACACGAGUUUUGAGGGCUGUCAACUGUGGUAUGGCGGACUGUACGACCCUCCGUUGGCUCUCACGCAGCAAGAGUCCGCCGCGUCAGCGACGCUACCGACAUAUAUCACUGCUAUUCCGACAGCAACCUCGACCCCGAAUGGAGGUACGGCACCGGCAUCGCCGUCUUCUGUGGCCACGGUGCCGACAGCGACCGCGACGGCUAUCGCGGAUAAUCUGCCACCACAAGGAGGCGGUUCUCCCAACGGCGGAUCGGGAUCAAAUGGAGGCAGUUCAUCGGAUAACGGAGGAAACAGUGGGAAGGGUUCCGGGAAUGGCGGAGACGGCUCAAACACGGGGAAUACACCGAGCAACGGAGGCGCACAAACCGGCGCAGGCGUCACCAACACCCCGCAGUCGACCGGCGGGAAUCCGGGCUCGACUGCGCCCAAGACGUUCGUCGUCACCGUCGACGGCCAGACCCGGACCGCGACCCAGUCCAGCCCGGGGGGUCCCAUCUACAUCAGCACCUUCACCCUGACACCCGGCGGGGCGGCGACGACCCUGGCCGACGGGAAAUCCAUCAGCGCGGCGAGCAACGGACUCGUCGUGGACCGGACGACGUUCGUCAGCACCGGCGCCGUCACGACGGACUCGCCCUUCAAGAACGAGGGUUCCGGGGGGAUGACGGCGACGACGACGAGCGCGGCGGCGGCGGCGGCUGCGAAACCCCACGACACGCAUCUCAUGGUGAUCGGGAUCUCGGCGAUUGUAUUAUCAUUUCUGUUGGCAUGAGAAAAACCGCGGGGCUUUUUUUUCGAGCGAUUGGUCAUGUUUUCGAAAUCCCUGGCGAUGGGAUUUCUCUUCUCUUUCUUUUUCUUCUUUUUAUUUCCUCCUCAUUUUGCUUUUUUGCAUAGCGUGGUGGACUCGAUAGACCAAAAAGGGGAACGGAUUCGCACACAUUGGGGGGCGAGGAGACGAAUUUACGAGACUCUGCGGAUCUCUCCGCCUGGAUGGACAUUUAUUACAACGUAAUUUGAGAAAUAGAUGACGAUGAUGAUGAUGAUGAUGAUGACAAUCAGACCAGACCAGACCGACGCGCGUGGAUCAUACCUUUCAUACUCCAUGGCGGCCGAGUCGACCAGAUGUCGACGUGUCCUGAUCUCUCUCUCUCUCUCU